CGUAUCUCUCUUCUUAUUAUUUUGGCACAUUUCCAAAUUCAAUUCAGUCAAACAAAUCCCCCCAUAAACACCACGAGAUUUCCAUCCCAUUGCCUGAAGCUUAAUUACGCGUCUUUUCAAUCUUCGUCACCCUGAAUUUCAGCCUGUCUGAUUCGCAGUAAAAUUCUUCGUUUAGGUAUAUAUUGGGCUAUUGUUUGAGAUAAAUUUUAAGUCUCGGAAGAAAAAUGGGAGGUGUUUGUUCUGGUGGAACAAGGGAGCGGAGUAUACAGCUUGAACAGAAGACUACUACAGGGUUUUCAGGGAAGCUCAAGUCAAAAAAGAGCUUUGGGAAGCAAAAAGGUAAUUCAAAUCCUCAUUCCUAUACCAGUGGCGAUGGUUUUGACAAAACGCGGCAAAGGCACGAUUCUGGUGACUUUGGAUUGCAAUUUUCCCGGGAAUUGAAGCCAUCAACACCCGCCAGGACAGCAGCUUCCAAGGUUUCUCAUAGAAGCUCGUUUCUAGGAAGAGCUGGCAUUAUGGGCCUAGAGAGGGCAGUCGACGUUUUAGAUACACUUGGAAGCAGCAUGUCAAAUUUGAAUGCCGGAAGUGGCUUUGUAACUGGCCUGGCUUCUAGAGGGAAUCGGAUAUCUAUAUUGGCAUUCGAAGUGGCUAAUACAAUAGCUAAAGGAGCAAUUUUGUUGCAGUCAUUUUCGGAAGAAAACAUCCAAUUCCUGAAAAAGGAUGUCUUACAUUCAGACGGAGUACAAAAGCUAGUUUCUACAAAUAUGAAGGAGUUGCUAAGCAUUGCUGCGGCUGACAAGAGGGAUGAAUUGGAUGUUUUUUCACGUGAAGUAAUUAGGUUUGGAGAUCUAUGUAAAGAUCCACAAUGGCAUAACCUUGGCCGAUACUUUUCAAAACUAGAUAUCGACAAUUCAUUUCAUAAACAAGCUAGAACUGAGGCAGAAAUGACAAUGCAAGAACUAACUACUCUGGCUCAGCAUACCUCUGAAUUAUACCAUGAGUUGAAUGCUCUAGACAGAUUUGAUGAAGAUUAUAGGCGAAAGCUGGAAGAAGUGGAGUCCUUAAAUCUCCCUAAAAGAGGAGAAAAUCUCAUGAUUUUACAAAGUGAGCUAAAACAACAAAGAAAGCUUGUAAGGAGUUUGAAAAAGAAAUCUCUUUGGUCUAGAACUUUGGAGGAGAUCAUGGAGAAGCUUGUUGAUAUUGUUACUUAUAUGCAUCAAGCAAUAUUUGAAGCCUUUGGAGACACAGCAUCAGUUCGAAAGGAAACUACUGAAAAUCCUCAAAAACUAGGUGUUGCUGGACUUUCAUUACACUAUGCUAAUGUGAUUCAUCAGAUUGAUAACAUUGCAGGUCGCCCAGCCUCCCUUCCACCUAAUAUCAGGGACACUUUAUACCAUGGAUUGCCACCCUCUGUUAAGAAAGCUUUAAGGUCCCGAUUACAGUCCAUUGACACCAAGGAAGAGCGCUCAAUUUCACAGGUCAAAGAUGAGAUGGAAAAGACACUGCAGUGGCUUGUUCCAGUUGCCACAAACACGACCAAAGCACAUCAAGGUUUUGGAUGGGUUGGAGAAUGGGCAAACACUGGCAACGAAUUUGGAAGAAGCGCAUCCACAAAUAGUAACCUCACCCGCCUUCAGACACUUUAUCAUGCAGAUAAACAGAAAACAGAUGCAUACAUCCUUGAAUUGGUGCAAUGGCUUCAUCACUUGAUCUGUUUAGUAAAGCAAAGAGAUCACGGCUUCAGGCCUCAGCCAGUUCGAUCUCCUACUUAUAAAGGUCUGGUUUAUCACUCCAACAUGCGGCGAUUUCUAUCCUUCAAUGGGGGAACCAAACCCCACAGGAUUGAACUUUCUGAAGAAGACAGAAACUUGUUAAAGAAGGUGACUGCGAGGAGAUUGAUUCCAGGAAUUAGCAAAAGUCAGGAAUUUCCUUUAGGCAAAAACAAAGGGGUCAAAAUGUGGGCAUUAAGUAGGAGUGCUGGGAACUCUCCUGAUAGGAGUUUUAGGGCAGGAAAGAUUUUGAAAGAUCCACAAACAAAUAGAUUGGAUGUCAUGGAUGGUUUAGAUCUUGCAACUUGAGAGUCACAUUCAAAAUUUCACCCCUAGCCAUUUUGUCUAAUCUUUAAGAUUCAUUUCAUGUCUCUAUAUCUCAUUCUUCACAUUCUAUUGUAUAUGUCAUCCUGUGAGAUUUAUUUUAUAAUGUACAUAAUAUAUGGUGGUAAUUUUAUGUGAAAUGAUGUUAGCAUUAUCUCUGAGUUCUUGGCUAGAGGUUAGUGGUGACCCAUUGUUGAUUUAUCCUCUGGAGAACUGCAGCUUUGGCACACAGCUUCUUCCACCCAAAGGGUACCAGAAUCUCUUUUGAACAUUUGCAACUAUUUUCGACGCUUGAUAUAGGAAAUCUCCAAGACAUUAUUAUAUCAAACAGUGAAACUAGUUAACUACUUUUGAA